ACACAAAAAUUCUCCAGCCGGUGAAGAUCUCCAUGGAGUUAUCACCUCACUUCAGGCUGGCGUACGCCAGUGAUGCGUACCAUACGGUGCCACCAGGCGCGACCAUCCGUGUGCGCAUCCAGUUCACCCCUGACGAGAGCAAGGAUUAUUCUCAUAAACUUGUCUGCAUCACGAAAACAGAAAAGAUAGCUGUGCCAAUUCGGGCCAUUGGUGCCCGAGCUAUCCUUAACAUCCCAGACAACAUCUCCAAGUGUGCAGUCAAGUCCAGCACCCAGAAGACUCGGCUGGUUCACAAUACUGGUAACCUGGAAGCUCAUUACCAGCUGAUCACCCAGAGGUGAGGCAGCUCAUCUGUCCUUGUGCAAAACACCUUUGGGUGAUAACAGAAUUGGGAAAGAGCAACAAAAGGAACCUGAAGCAUCAGAGCUGCUGCC